UGUCAAAGAAAAAUGAGUGUCUUCUGCUCCCACAUCUUCUUCAGAAAAUCCCCUUCAACUCCAUUGAGAUUCAGCUUUGGUUCAAACGCUUCUGAGAGGCACCCAGAUAAGAAAUGCCUCAAACCCUUUUCUUGAAGCCCUUCAUUUCAUCAGCUCCUCUUGAUAAUUGGAGUAAAUUGAAAGAAUGCACAAAUUUUAUAGGUUCCCGUGUCAUUUGUACGGGCAUGCUGGCACCAAGAAAAUUCUUGCAGAAAAGGAAGAAAGUAGAAGCUUUCAAAGAUGCUGCUGAUGAAGCCGACCAGAAGAACUGGAGGAGACUUAUGAAUGAAAUUGAAAAGACAGGUUCUGCAGUUUCUGUGCUCAAAAGUGAAAAGCUCAAGGACAAGACUGUUCCCAAGGAUGUUGUCCUUGGAACUUUGGUUAGAUUUAAGCAACUGAAAAAAUGGAUCCUUGUCAGCCAGAUUCUCGAAUGGCUCCAGACACAGAACUGGUGGGACUUCAGCAAAAUGGAUUUCCUGAUGCUUAUGACAGCUUAUGGAAAGCAAGGGCACUACACAAGGGCCGAGAAGCUUUUAAGGUUGAUGAACGAGAAAGGCCGCCAUUCACCAAGUGUAAUAUCUCAUACUGCUCUUAUGGAAGCAUAUGGAAAAGGACGGCGAUAUAACAAUGCUGAAGCAAUAUUUAGAAGGAUGCUGUUUUCUGGGCCUGAACCGUCUGCUGUGACAUAUCAAAUAAUACUAAAGAUAUUUGUUGAGGGAUGUAAGUUCAAGGAAGCUGAAGAAAUAUUUGAGACUCUUUUAAAUGAGGAAAAAUCACCCUUAAAGCCAGACCAAAAGAAGGUCCACAUGAUGAUUUAUAUGUAUAAGAAGGGGGGGAGUUAUGAUAAAGCUCGUAAGAUGUUUGCAGUGAUGUCUGAGAGAGGUGUUCCACAAUCGACGAUCACUAUUAAUAGCUUGAUAUCAUUUGAAAAAUACAAGGAAGUCUCCAAGAUGUAUAACCAGAUGCAAAGAGCUGGUCUCCGACCUGACGUAGUGAGUUAUGCCUUACUCAUUAAUGCUUAUGGGAAAGCAAGAAGAGAGGAAGAAGCCUUGGCCGUUUUUGAGGAAAUGCUUGAUGCUGGUGUCAGACCUACCCGCAAAGCUUAUAACAUUUUGCUUCACGCAUUUGCAAUAUCAGGAAUGGGGGAACAAGCUCGAACUGUCUUCAAAAGCAUGAGAAGGGACAGGUAUAACCCUGAUCUUUGCUCUUAUACGACGAUGCUAUCAGCAUAUGUGAAUGCAUCUGAAAUGGAGGGUGCUGAGAAAUUCUUCAUAAGAAUAAUACAAGAUGCAUUUAAACCCAAUGCCGUCACUUAUGGGACGUUAAUCAAAGGGUAUUCUAAGACAAAUAAUAUCGAGAAGAUGAUGGAGAAAUAUGAGGAAAUGCUGGCAUCUGGUAUUAAUCCAAACACAACAAUUAAACCAAAUCAAACAAUCUUGACAACAAUCAUGGAUGCGAAUGGAAAGAACAGAGAUUUCGGCAGUGCUGUUGUUUGGUACCAGGAAAUGGAAUCCUGUAGGCUUCCGCCUGAUCAGAAAGCAAAAAAUAUCCUUUUGUCUCUGGUAAAAACAGCAGAGGAACAGAAGGUGGCUAGUCAGCUUGUAGGAAAUUUGGAUUAGAGUAUCAAUGAACAAGGAGCUAGUAAGUCUUUGGUGCCCAUUGAUGAGAAUGAUAGUGACGAUGAGUAUGAUGAAGAGGAUGAUGAAAAUUAUGAUGAUGAAUUAGAGUGUUCUUCACAAGUCACUUCAUCAAAUGAUGAGCGAAAACGUGAACUGAUUUAUUUACACUCUGAUAACGAGAAAAACCUCGAGGACUUACUUGCAGUUGCAGAUUUGUAAAGUUACGAUAUUCUAUUUUGUGGUAUAGUGGCUUGACGGUUAAGCCAAGAAUAUAAGUUAAGAGUUACUUUGUGGGAGCGGAAUUACUUCACACCAGCUUA